AUGCACACGUCACAGAUUGGCGGCUCGUUGGCAAAGGUCGUCUUCUUCACUCGCUCGUCCGAGCCCCCUUCGCCACCCUUGCGACAGAGCGUCCCUGGAUCAUCAGGCGAUUCGGAAGAGGUCAACGUAUCAUCUGGAUAUACUGGCACCAACGGUCUCUCUGGAAGAACGCCAAAGACGGGCGCGCUUACCCCACUUUCCCUGGAAGCCCAUUCCUCUGGCUUGACAACCUCAACCCAUCUUCAAAAUGGUACAGCAGCAGUCUUAAACCACCCACCUUCGCCACAGCAACCCCACGAUCUCCCAUUAGGCAAACCCGAGUUCAAAGCUGAUCUCCUUCGUCGAGCACAGAUGCGCCAUUUCCCUGGAGGCUCACUCAAUUUUGAACGAUUCGAAACAGACGAUAUCGGUACAUGCAUAGACUUUAUUCGCGCACUCAUCGAACGCUCGGCAGAACUCAACCACGUUCCUUUGGCCAGCAUGCGGGAGAGCGUCAAGAUUAUCGCUACAGGAGGUGGAGCACACCGAUUCUACGAUUUACUGAAAUCGGAGCUGGGCGUCGAAGUUCAUCGCGAAGAUGAAAUGGAGUGCCUGAUCACCGGGUUGGGGUUCAUUACGUUGAUCCCACGAGAAACGUAUUGGUUCUCCGACGAACUCGUGCAUGACGUCGUCAGUGGGCGACAGCCAAAGCAACUGCCAGAGGUCGAUGCGUCGACGCUUGGUCCCAAUGGCGCCGCGGCGAGUACAUCUCAGACAGAAACGACGCUCGAGAGACCGUCGCCGAAUCCACCCAGGUUUGCUGUGUCCUUUGAAGAAUCGAGCCCGACGACGCAGUUGCCGUGUUUGCUGGUGAACAUCGGGUCGGGUGUGUCGAUCAUCAAAGUUGAUGCAGAUGGCUCGUUUGAGCGAGUCAGUGGAACGAGUCUGGGGGGUGGAACGCUUUGGGGCCUUUUAAGCUUGCUCACUGGAGCCACAUCAUUUGAUGAAAUGUUAUCGUUAUCCGAAAAGGGCAACAACGAGAAUGUUGACAUGCUUGUCGGCGAUAUUUAUGGACAAGACUACUCGAAACUGGGGCUCAAGUCAACCAUGAUUGCGUCAUCUUUUGGCAAAGUCUUUAAGAAAGGCGAGACGAAGCGUCAGUUUUCUCCAGAGGAUAUCAGCAAGAGUUUGCUCUAUGCCCUCUCGAACAAUAUUGGCCAGAUCGCGUAUAUGAACGCCGAAAAGUACAAUCUUGAUAGGAUAUACUUUGGCGGCUGCUUCAUUCGUGGUCAUGCAGCGACUAUCGCGACGCUAUCUUAUGCUAUACGCUUCUGGAGCAAAGGCACGAAACGUGCGCUCUUCCUACGACACGAAGGAUUCCUUGGUGCCAUUGGCGCAUGGAUCAAGAAUAUUGACAAUUCGGCAUAA